CCGAUGAAAUUCUCCAACUGGGGACACCAAUCCAAUGGUCUUGAUAUGUCGCCUGUGCAAAUCAAACGUGAAAGUAUCGACUGAAAGGCGAGGUCUCGUAGACGAUGAUAUCCCCUACAACUCAAAGCCAUACUCGUCACACGGUGACGGUCCCGCGAACGAAAUAAGAAACAGACGUGAAUGUAUGUCACGGAUAGAACCAUGAUGUUCUACAGGACGUUCAUGGCAGGGACGUCGAGUAACGCGGCGAUACCAUCGAAUGCCAAUUCCAUCAUCUCGCUCACCACGCCAUUCACUCGUAAUUCCCUCGACACAAUCCGGGGAGCACUUUCGGACUAUGCGACCAGCGCUGGAUUAACAAGUAGCGAACCCGAUCCGAACGAAUCCCAUGCAGCAGUCCUCGUUCCACUCUGUAAUGUAGAUGGCGUGCCUGGGGUACUCCUAGAAGUUAGGGGAAACCUCACGUCGCACCUAGGGGAAGUCAGUUUUCCAGGUGGCAAAGUAGACGAAGCUGAUUUAUCCUUCCAAGCCGCAGCUCUGCGUGAAGUGCGUGAAGAAGUAGGCGUGCCUGCAGACGAGGUAGACGUACUCGGUCAUCUCGGGCCCCCAGAGCGCAGCUUGAAGGGUCUGCGUGUGUGGCCGUACGUUGGCUUCGUCUAUCCCCCGGGAACCGCUUCCCCAGACCAAGGGCCAGAUGCGCCACUGCCCUCGUUGAACAUUGAUUCGCUUAUACUCUCCCAAGCUGAGGUAGCUGCUGUAUUUCAUCUACCCCUGUCUGCAUUUACAUCUCAGACACGUCUCCAACCUGGCCUUUAUCGCUCGUCGCGGCCCUAUUGGACCAUUGACGUCUCUGAUCUCGUCCCUCAGCGCAUCCGGAUACGGAGCGAUGCAAAUCAUGACCUCGUCGAGCAAAUUGGCAAUGAGAAGUUAGAAGUUUGGGGGCUGACUGGGUGGUACUUAUCGCUCGUCAUGAAAGCCCUGGGAAUUUGCAUCUAGAACAACGAAUGGAUUAUGGACUAAGGGAGACUAAUCGGACUGACCUAGUGAUCCCAGUCUUGCGAGGACUGUUACUGUUCCACACUCUUUUCCACGGCACGUAGCGAGGGUCGU